AUGUCGAGAGAUAGCAAAGAUUUCGGUUCUUAUGAGAUAAAUUCUCAGUUCAAUUUCCCCGUGGAGGAAUCUAAAGUACUCGCUUAUUGGCGUGAUAUUGACGCCUUUAGAACUCAACUCAAGCAUUCUGAAGGCAAACAGACUUUCUCUUUCUACGAUGGUCCUCCUUUUGCAACUGGUUUGCCUCAUUACGGUCAUUUACUCGCAGGUACCGUAAAAGAUAUCGUUACCCGCCACGCUGCUUCUUCUGGCUAUCACGUUCCACGUCGUUUUGGCUGGGAUUGCCACGGGUUACCCGUUGAGCACGAAAUUGACAAGAAACUCGGCAUUUCUGGCAGAGAAGACGUUCUCAAUAUGGGGAUCGAUAAGUACAAUGAGGAGUGCAGAGCCAUCGUCAUGCGUUACUCAGCUGAAUGGCGUAAUACUGUAGAGAGAAUGGGCAGGUGGAUUGACUUUGACCAUGAUUACAAGACUCUGAACACAUCCUUUAUGGAAUCCGUUUGGUGGGCUUUCGGGGAACUGUUCAAUAAAGAUCUUGUUUAUAGAGGUCUCCGCGUUAUGCCUUACUCAACCGCUUGCACUACCCCGCUUUCUAACUUUGAAGCUGGUCAGGCAUACAAGGAUGUCUCAGAUCCUGCUGUCGUCGUCUCUUUCCCUCUUGUCAACGAUCCUUCGACUUCGUUCCUCGCUUGGACUACAACUCCUUGGACUCUGCCUUCCAACCUCGCCCUAUGUGUCAAUCCAUCUCACACCUACCUCAAAAUCCACGAUGAGGAGAAGAACCGCGACUUUAUUAUCCACGAAAAACUUCUCACUACUCUCUACAAAGAUCCAAAGAAGGCCAAGUUCCAGAAAGUCGCUCAGUACAAAGGUAGCGAUAUGAAAGGUUGGAAGUAUGAGCCACUUUUCAAUUACUUCUACGAUGAAUUCAAGGACGUUGCUUUCCAAGUACUCAAUGAUGACUACGUUUCUGCAGAUGCUGGUACUGGUAUUGUCCAUCAAGCACCUGCAUUCGGUGAUGAUGACCAUCGUAUCGCUAUCGCUAACGGUAUCAUCACUCCAGACCAAAUGCCACCUUGCCCUGUAGACGACAGCGGCAAGUACACGGAGCGUGUUUCUGAUUACAAGGGCGUGCACGUCAAGGAGGCUGACAAAGAUAUCCAAAAGUACCUUAAGUCUAUCAACAGAUUGAUUGUACAAUCGACCAUUAACCACUCGUACCCAUUUUGUUGGAGAUCAGGUACCCCACUGAUCUACAAAGCUAUCCCCGUCUGGUUUGUCAAGGUUUCGCAAAUCACCAACGACUUGAUCGAAAAUAACAAGGAGACUAGAUGGGUACCUGCCAACAUUGGUGAAAACAGAUUCGGUAAUUGGUUACAAAAUGCUAGGGAUUGGAAUGUUUCACGUAACAGAUACUGGGGUACUCCUAUGCCUCUCUGGGUGUCUGAAGAUUACGAGGAGAUUGUGGCAAUCAGCUCUAUUGAGCAGCUCGAGCAGCUUUCCGGUGUUUCUAACAUCUCAGAUAUUCACAGAGACAAAAUAGAUCACAUCACCAUCCCUUCAAAGAAAGGCAAGGGCGUUCUCAAGCGUGUUGAUGAAGUCUUUGACUGCUGGUUCGAGAGUGGAUCUAUGCCUUAUGCACAAGCACACUAUCCAUUCGAAAACAAGGAGGAGUUUGAGAAGUCUUUCCCUGCAGAUUUCGUUUCAGAGGGUCUCGACCAGACUCGUGGAUGGUUCUACACACUCCUUGUUCUCGGAACACACCUCCUUGGAAAGGCUCCUUGGAAAAACCUUAUUGUUACUGGUUUGGUGUUGGCUGCAGAUGGUAAAAAGAUGUCCAAGAGUCUGAAGAAUUACCCUGAUCCUAACCACAUCAUUGACAAGUACGGCGCUGAUGCUGUUAGAAUGUUCCUUGUCAACUCACCAAUUGUGCGUGGUGACAAUCUCAGAUUCAGAGAGGAGGGAGUGAAAGAAGUAACGUCGCGUGUGAUGCUUCCUUGGCUCAACUCGUUCCGUUUCUUCCUCGGUCAGGCAGCAUUAGCAAAGAAAGAGCAGGGCAUUGAAUUCAUGUAUGAUGCGUCUGCACCACGUUCUGAGAACUUGAUGGACAGAUGGGUACUCGCGAGAUGUCAAUCGCUCAUCAAGAUAGUUAAGGAGGAAAUGGCAGCAUACAGACUAUACACGGUUAUACCAAGACUGCUUUCACUUAUCGACGAGCUCACCAACUGGUACAUUAGAUUCAACAGGAGGAGACUGAAAGGAGAGAAUGGCAAGGAGGAUACGAUUGCCGCGUUGCGCACACUCUUUGAAGCUCUAUUCACGCUCUGCAGGACCAUGUCCUCGUUCACUCCGUUCAUCACUGAGAACCUCUACCAGGGUUUAAGACCAUUCAUUGGUGACAAUAUUCCAGGCGCAACUGACACUCGAUCGGUACAUUUCCUACCAUUCCCUGAUGUGCGUGAGGAUUACUUUGACAGCGUCAUCGAGAGACGCGUGUCUAGAAUGCAGAAUGUUAUCGAAUUGGGCAGGGUUAUUAGAGAGAGAAAGAGAAUAGCCGUCAAGACUCCUCUCAAGACAUUGAUAGUGUUCCAUCACAAAGAGGAGUAUUUGUCGGAUGUGCGCCAUCUUGAGGGCUACAUUAAAGAGGAGCUCAACGUCAGAGAGUUGGUUGUCACCUCUGAAGAGGAAUUCAUCGGAAUCAAGUACAAGGUGUCGGCUGACUGGCCAGUGCUUGGCAGGAAGCUGCGCAAGGACAUGCCGCGCGUGAAGAACAACUUGCCUAAGGUGUCCAACGAUGAUGCUAAGGGGUACAUGCAGAAUGGAAAGUUGACAGUAGACGGUAUUGAGUUACAAGCUGGAGAUUUGACAGUGCAACAUUACGUAGAUUUGCCUGAAUCGAUGGAAGGGUUUGAACCUAUUUCAGAUUCGAACAUCACUAUCGUCUUGGAUUACAGACUUCACCCUGAACUUGAGUCUGAAGGGUUGGCUAGAGAAUUCAUUAAUAGAAUUCAGAGAUUGCGCAAGAAGGCCAAUCUCCUGCAAAUUCAAGACGUCGAUGUCGUCGUCAAAUAUCUUGGCGAGGACGGUGAUAUAAGUGGACUGCAGAAUGCCAUUGAGAUGCACAAAGAUACUAUCGUUAGAUCUACCAAGAGUAACCCUCUCUCUGAUAAAGAAAACGCUCAGGUUAUCGCGACUGAAGAUCAGGAAAUUGGCGCUGUCAAGUUUAACCUCACCCUUGUUGGUGCUUAG